AUGCAGCAUCAGAUGCCCAGAGCGGCGGGCAUGGGCAGACCCCGGCCUCGGAGCUUCGCGCUGGCCACCUUCGGGGGGCUGCUCCUGCUGCACGACGGCCACCGGGCGCCGGCUGCCUGCGCCUUCGCCGCGGGGACCUGCCUCCGCUCCAACGGCGUGGCCAACGCGGGGUACCUGCUGUUCGACGCCCUGUGCCGAUCUGCCAGGCGCCGGCGCCUGCCGCCGCUGCUCGCGGGCGCGGCCCUGGCCUGCCUGGUGGCCGCGCCAGCGAUCCUGCACGAGCUCCGCGCGUACGCGAGGUACUGCACCGGCGGCGGGGAUCAGCUCACAGGACUGCCCGUCUGGUGCAACCGCACCGUUCCCAGCCUGUACGGGCACGUCCAGCGGGAGCACUGGAAGAAUGGCUUCUUGGCCUACUGGGAGCUGAAGCAACUGCCGAAUUUUGCGCUCGCCGCGCCCGCGGUCUCCGUGCUGCUCGGCGGGGCGGUCUCGUACGCCCGCGCGGUGCACGCAGCGGGGUGGCGCGCCUUCCUUUCGGAUGGUGGCAUGGGCAGUGUCGCGGUUCUUCCCCACGUGGUGAAGGACGGGGCAUGGUGGCGGAUUUCUGGCUAUCCUGGCAGUCUUCUUCAUGAAUGUGCAGGUGGCCACCCGGUUCUUUUCCGCCGCGUCCCCAAGCUUCCACUGGUGGCUCGCCAUGGCGUCGCUGGACCCAGACUGGGCAGGGGCCGUCAAGGUCUACCUGGCAUCAUUUGUCUUCCUCGGGAUCCUGCUGCACCCGAACUGCCUCCCCUGGACAUGACGCGACAUCGUGCCACGAUCCGCGCGCUCUGUGAAGGCAGCCUCGAGGAGCACACUUCUUCGGUAGCAAAUCGUGGGGGCCUGGGAUGCCGUCUUAUUUCCGUCUUUAGC